CUGAGGGGGAGCGGGGUACUCAGAGCUGAAGGGGUGUUCAGUGUUAUUAACUCCGUGUGAGGCGUCUCCAAUUCCAUGUGACGGAUUGGGGGGUUGGUUUGAUAGGUUGAGCCCCCCUCCCCCCCCCAUUCUUGCUGGAGGUGUUGGUGUGAGCCGAGGCCUCCAUUUGCCGCUGGAUUGGUGUCGGCGGCGGCCGCGGGGGGGAAAGGAAUAACCGCAACUGGAGGUGGCAGCAUGUCCGAUUAUGGAAAUUACAGUCAGCCUGGAGCUCAAGCACAAAGCUAUGGAGCCUAUGGUGCCCAAUCAAGCCAAAGUUAUGGGCAUGCUUCGCAGGGUUAUGGUGGAUAUGAGCAAUCUGGUACUUCUGGAUAUGGACAAAGCCAAAGUGGGUAUGGUUCAAGUUAUGGACAAGGACAAGGACAAGGACAGUCAGGGAUGAACUCAUCUCCGUCGUCAACAGGCUAUCGACAGGGUGGACACAGCUAUGGGAGUGAGAGCUCCCACAAUACUUAUGGACAGCAACCGUCGUAUGGAAAUUACGGGCAGCAUUCAGAUUCCCCUAGCAGCUAUGGCUCAAAGUCUGAGACACAAUAUAGUACCCAGCAAAGCCAAUCAAGUUACAGCCACUCAACUUCGUAUCAUCCACCUCAUGACAAUUAUGGUCAACAGAGCUCAGGAGAUGACUAUGAGCACGAUAGGCCUGGCAGGAGUAAAUUCAGUGAUGACAACCGGAACUUUGGCAGACCGCAGGGUAAUGGAGGUAGAGGUCGUGGAGGAUAUGGUCAUGGUGGCUUUGACUGUGAUGGUAGAGGGGGACGUGGUAGAAUGGGUGGUGGUGAUCGUGGUGGCUUCAAUAAUUUUGGUGGCUCGAGAGAUCGUGGGCAAGGGCCUAAUCCCGCUUCUGACGACAACUCUGAUAACAACACCAUUUUUGUCCAGGGUCUUGGAGAUGAUGUGACAACUGAACAAGUUGCUGAUUUCUUUAAACAGAUCGGUGUGAUUAAGAUAAAUAAGAAAACUGGAAAUGCCAUGAUCAACCUCUAUACUGACAAAGUUACAGGCAAACUAAAAGGUGAAGCAACAGUGUCUUUUGAUGACCCGCCAUCAGCAAAAGCUGCAAUUGAUUGGUUUGAUGGAAAGGAUUUCCAUGGAAACAUAAUAAAAGUUUCCUUCGCGACUAGACGAUCAGAGUUUGUACGAGGUGGUAGAGGUGGUCGUGGAGGUCAGAUGGGCAGAGGUCGUGGCUUUCAAGGUGGUGGUGGUCCAAGAGGUGAAGAUUGGACUUGCCCAAAUCCAUCAUGUGGUAAUGUCAACUUUGCUUGGAGAAAUGAAUGUAACCAGUGCAAAACUCCUAGAUCUGAUGGUGGUGAACAUCAUGGAAGAGGUGGCUUUAGAGGUCGUGGUGGAUUCCGUGGUGGCAGAGGUGGAGAUCGUGGCUUCGGCUCUGGUAAAAUGGGAGGCGGAAGAAGUGAUCACAGAUCAGAUCGACGUGACAGGCCUUACUGAAAGCAUGCUGGGAACAAGAAUUUUUUUUUUGCUUAUAGUGGUGCUUUCACAUUGAUGCAAUGCAAUGUAAUGUACUUUUUCACAGUGUAUUUGAAGACAAAGAUUAAAAUGAAUUUUUAAUAAA